UGGCCGACAAUUCAUAUUUGUCAGUAAAAAGAAAAGAUAACAUCUAUAUAUCCUCUGAUCAGCUCUUAUGUAUGUCAUGUACUUGGUGGAUUUUCUUCUCUGAGACUGAGAACCUGUUUUUUUCCUUGCCUGUUUCAGAUUCAAACCAAUCUAUCUGUUUCCUAAUUAUGGUGCAAUCAAAGAAGUUCAGAGGUGUAAGGCAGCGACAAUGGGGCUCCUGGGUUUCUGAAAUUCGCCACCCUUUACUAAAGAGAAGAGUAUGGCUUGGUACAUUUGAAACAGCUGAAGAGGCAGCCCGAGCGUAUGAUCAAGCUGCAAUCUUAAUGAGUGGGAGGAAUGCGAAAACGAACUUUCCCGCAUCACAAACUCCAAUUGGAGAUCACCAGCAAGGCACUGAAAGUUCUUCCCAUUCAUCACCUCCGAAUGAGUUAUCUGAGCUUCUCCAUGCAAAGCUUAGAAAAUGCAGCAAGGCGCCAUCCCCUUCCAUGACUUGUCUAAGGCUGGACACGGAGAAUUCUCACAUCGGCGUGUGGCAAAAGCGGGCAGGGAAGACCUCGGACUCCAACUGGGUGAUGACUGUCCAGCUUGGAAAAGGGAAUCAUGCUCAAGUUUCUGACAAAACAUUGCCUUCCACAACACAAGGGUUGACAGAGACUACUGAUCUUAGAGGAGAGAUUGAUGACGAAGAGAGAAUUGCACUGCAAAUGAUAGAAGAGCUGCUUCAUAGGAACUGUUCUUCGUUUGGCGUGCCAGAAGGGGAGGGUAACUUGUUUCUUUAAUUACUAAUAGAUCAUAAUAUAUAUAUGAAGAAUUUUUUA